AUGUUUUGGGGGCUUACUUCUGCACUGGAUUUACUGGCAGAGCUGGAAAAACACAACAAAAACCUUCCAGAAGUACUAAACAUACUAAUAAUCGGAGGAGCUGACGGGAGGCAUGUUUUGCAAACAGUUGCAAAAAGAUAUCGGCACUCUAAAGUAGUCUUAAAUUUCUACUUGAUUGAAAAAUGCGGGGAAAAUCUGGCAAAACAAUUAUUGCUGUUAAAUAUUGCCCUGCAACCAGAUACGGUUUUGGGUUUGGAGCAAAAAACCAAACUGUUCAUGGAGUUGUAUGGAAACAGUAUGGUAAGGCCUUCGGUAGCUAAAUAUUUAACAUCAACUGCCUUGGAGUUGGUUAAAAUGGUGACGAAUUAUGAUUAUUUGAGCGAGCAAAUGAAUUUUUUGAAGUUGGAAAUUAAAUAUAAGGAGAGGGAUUAUUUGGAGAAUUUGCUGAAAUUUUGGUGUGGGAAAGAUGAGUUUAAUAUAUGUGAUAGUUGGGAUAAGAGGUUGAGGAAAAAUUUGGGAGUAAGGUACGACGCAAAACUGGGCGCCUUCGAUUGGGACCUGCACAUGCGCCUCCACACCAUCGGAGGAAACCAGGUAUGCAACCAGGAAUACCGGAACUUCCGCUUGAACGGUGUGGCAUUCACGUGGCUGGAAUCGGAAGUCUCCAAACCGAAUCGCUCCAUGGUGUGCGCAGUGAUCCCGAAUGGGGAAAACUACAUCCACCAUGGAUACUUGGGCGACAUGCAAACUGGGCCUUUCGUGAGUUUCGGUUUGAGCUGCGAGGACGAGGAGUUCUUGAAGAGCCAAAACGGGCGGAAUUCGUUUAGGAGCACCGAUGUCACGGAGAGGAACUUGAAGCAGAUUUUUUGGGAGAUUUUGAAUCAGAAAGAGUAUAUUCACGAGAAGAUUUCCGAUUACAUGUUGGGCACCAUGGUUUUGAAACAGGAAAAAUUGGUGGUGGAUGUUAAAAACGUUGACGUUAUACCCAAACGUGCGGUGAGAUGUAUAGAGUUGGAUAACGUUAAAAUAACGUUUUUAUCUGUGCAAAUAUUGGAGAUGAUGAAAUUUAAGGAGGAAUACAAGGAUUUGUUCGAUUUAGUUUAUUUUGGGACUUGCUAUAUGAAGCAUUUCAGCACAGAUUUACUGGAAAACAUUUCAAAGUCAAAUACCCUUCUAAUGAUAGAACACCAACUUUUUGUGCUAAGCAAAAGAAAAAAAGAUCUACAAGAGAAUGUUGAGGAUUUAAACGAAAAAACCAAGGAUUUAAAUUGGGAAAAACUACCCAUUAACCCAGAAAAAGACAACUACAUAAAACUAAUAAAUAAAUAAAAUUAAUUUUGUAUUUUAUUUAAAAAUAAUUGCACUUACAUGAAAUCUAAAAUAAAUACUUCUAAGCACCCUAAAUACCGCGCGUUAAAUAUAAGACACUAAAUUUAGAAUAAACAUUUAUUUACAAUUAUAUAAAAUUAGGUACCAAACAAAAGUAUUGCUAUUUAUAUAAUUAAUCAAGUUGAUGUCAUUUAACAAAAAAAAAUAGCAAUACUUUUGUACACACGUGUACAUUGAAUAGACUGAUUAUCACUAUUUUAGAGCUUUAUAAACGCCCUUAUAUAGAAAGGCAAAUUUUGUUGCAUACAAAAGGCACUUUUUUCAAUAAUUGCACUUUACAAUCAAUCAAUUUACAAUUGACUAGACGUUACAUUUUUUUAUAGGCACUAUGUGUUGAUAGGUUUUGCUCUAAAAUAAGGUCUAAAUAUUUUCUGCAAUAAAAUAGGGAAUGUACAUAUACUAAAAAUAUAACUAUAAUAGCUUUAUAACAUAAUUUUGCUGCCAUUGAAACUUCUUUAAAAAAAUAAUACAGUGCGCGUUAAAAUUAACGCAUAAUAAGUAAAAUAUUUUUACCAAUCUUUAUGAAAUUUUGUAUAAAAAUACUUCAACUUAUAUCUCAGUUUACGUGUUCAAGGGUUUUUCGAGAAAAUAAUUUUAAAGCCCUUUUAUUUAAUAAUAAAAAACGUUCGAAAAAUAACUUUUAGGGAUUUUUUUUAAGUAAAUAAAAAAUAUGCUGUUAAAUACCGUAUUUUUUUUAGUAUACCCUGAAAAUUUUGUACAAAUCAAACGAACAAUAGCGAAGAUACAGCGCUUCAAAGUCGGUAAAAAUGACCCCUUUUUGAUUAUUUUGCUGAAAAGUGGUCAUUUUUGACGACUUUAAAGCGCUGUAUUUUCGUUUGAUUUGUACAAUAUUUUCAGGGUAUACUAACAAAAAUACGGUAUUAUACAGCAUAUUUUUCAUUUAUUUAAAAAAAAAAUUCCCUAUAAAAGUUUUUUUCGUUUUUAUUAAUAAAUAAAAGGGCUUUAAGGAGUUGGAUUUUUUUACUUGUUAUGCGUUAAUUUUGACGCGCAGUGUAUAUGAUAAUUUGCAUUAUAAUUUUUUUGUAUACUGGGUGAUUUUUUUAACAUGAAACUUUCAAAUAUCUGGAAUACACAAUUAAAAUUUAAUCAUUCUGAAGGGGAAAUACAUUAGUGGUAAAAUUCAUUAUUUUUUAUUUCUCUUUUGUUGCAAACAUUUUUAGGUCAUAUUAUUAUAGUUUCAAAACUUCAAAAAUAAUGAAUUUCGUAGAUUACAGCUCCAUAAAAAAAUGAUUAAAUUUUAAAUUUCUUUUUGUAGUUUUAUUAAAGUUUUAGGUUAAAAAACUCGCCCUGUAUAAAAUUAUGUUGACUAGAAUUAUUCUGUACUAUGCUCUGGAAAUUUUAACGAUUUAAAAAAAUCUCAGUAAUUCAAUAAUUAUUUAAUAAUAAUGGUCGGAUUUAUGUUGUGAUGCGAAAUUCGUUGCUAAAAAUGUAUGUACCUAGAAAAUUUUUUGUACAGGAAGUUUACUGUAGUAAAAAGAUUCAAGGCUACUAUUUAAAAUUAAUUUAUGGCAUAGAACAAACAAUGAAUAAUGGUUGGAUACAAAAAUGAUAGGUAAGAUUUAAUGGUCCAAAUAAAUACAUCUAAAAAGCGACAUAUUUUGUUAUUAAAAUCAUUUUAAUUAAAUUCAAUAUUUAUGGGUAAAAAACAGUUUUUAUUUAAACGUCCAAUAUACAAGGUGCACCAAUUAUCCUUCUAUGUGUGGGCAUCUUUUUUUAUUUAAAGAGCCACAAGGUCGGUUAAAUUAGACAAAAGUUGAGUAAUAACAUUAAAAUGGGAUUUAAAAAUUGAUCUAAAAUAAUUAUGAAAAAACUAAAAACCUGUAAAUUUGGAAAAAAGAAAGUUUUACAUAAAAACACAUUUAUCUACAUUUAAUCUAAUUUGUGAUUUUUAUGCCUACCACCACCAUCUUUUAUUUUUCUAUGGCCGCCAUAAUUCCAAUUUUUCAUGGUUAGAUAGAAAAAAAAAUCAAAGCAUCUAACGAUAAAAUAAAGAUGGUAACUGACCUUGUAUCUCUUCAAAUAAAAAAAUAGCCAUAGAUGUAUUAUAAAAGUUAUAUAAUACACAAAAGGAUACUUGGUGCACCCUAAUUUAGUUUUGAGCUCAACAAAUCUAAACUGUUCUUUGUGCAUAUAAUCCCUUUUGACACGUCACUGAUUAAAUAAGGAACGCGGUCAAAUAAUUGAGGUUAUGUAUCUGUCAGAUGGCGCUAAUUUCUAAAAAUAAUACAAUGUAUGUCUGACAGAUGUAGGGUUUAAAAUUUCCGGCGGAAAAAUUGGGAAAUUGACUUGCAUUUUUUUCAUUUAAUUUAAAGGUCAAUUUUUCCGAAAAUUUCCAAAUUUUUACGGAUGAUCUCCGUACAAUGAUAUCGAGAAACAAGUGAAUUUUCGACGAUGAAUAUAAUCAUAAUAUUAUUACCUAUUCCUUUUAUUUUAAUUCAGUAAUAAAAUUCUACCCGGUCGCAAAAAAAAUUGGUGGUGUAUUAACAUAACUUUCGUUUUAUUUGAAACUUUGAUUUAUAAAAUUAUAAUUUUGUGAUUUAACUUUAUAAAUCAUUCAUUAUUUUGUUAUUGGAUAUUUUUACGUUUAUUUUCUUAAAUCAAUUUGAUUAAAUGUUUUGUUUUAUUUAUUUUUUUCUGCAAAGAUAUUUUUUUAAAUUAAAAUAAUGUUAAGUUGUUGUGUAAAUUUUACAAAAAAAAAAACAAAUUUUCCCACAAAAGACAAUUUUUCCAAGGCCUGGGAAAAAACAGGGUUUUCCCACAAUUUUCCGGGUUUUUUUCGACAGAUACAUAAUUAUUUGACUGCAUUCCUAAUAUAAAUGUCAAAGGAAUUUUAGGUGUGGAGCAUAGUAACCUACUUAAUUAAUUAAAAUAUUAACCUCCUGUAGUUUAGACUUAAAAAUACUUGAAUCAUUUAGUUAAAAAAUAAAAUAAAAAUGAUAAAAACGAAUUAUGAGAAAUCAUUAUGAAAACAACCUGUUUUUUAUUGAUUUAAAUAUGUUUAAUUAUAUAAAACUGACCAAUAUGGUCAUAAAAUGUGCGUUUGAGGCAGAAAAUCACAAUAUUUAUUCGUAAUAAAAUAACAAAAUUUCACUUGGGUAAUUGGCACUAACCAAAAUUAAAAAAAACACGAGGAGUGCCUGUUUUAGUUUGAAAAGAAAAUUUCGAUUUUGGUAUAGAUAUGUACUUUUGUUAAUUUUGUCAAGGCAGUGUCUACUAGGCUGGUUCAAAAAAAUCAACUAUUUUUUUUUCCUGAAUUUUCGCACUGAAGUAUCUUAAUGAUACCAAAAAAAAAGACUUAAUAUUUAGAGGUCGCGCAUCGAUAAUUUUUAUUUUCCAUUUAAAUAACACGGGAAAUUUUGUUUUGUUUCUUUAUAAUUUUCUAGCUUACAAACUAAUUAACAGAUUUGUAUGCGCGAUAUAUAUUCUUGUGGAAAAUUGAACGCUCUACAAAAAAUGUCUCAUAUCAUUUUUCGAUAAACCAACGAGUUCAAAAGUUAUUCAAAGUCGAAGUUUACUUCAAUUUUAGGCAAAUUCAUAAGUUAGUUAUUAUUAAAUAUAAAAAAAAUCAUUCAAAAAUCAAAAUUACGAUGUUCAAUAAGCCUUUUAAAUCAAUUCCACUGAAACACCUACUAUUUUUGAAAAGAAUUCAUUAAAAUUCUUUUUGAUUGAUUAAAAUCCUUUUUUAUUGAUUUAAAUCCUUUUUAUAGAAUUCUUUCCAGUAAUAGUACGUGUUUCAGUGGAAUUAAUUUAAAAGGCUUAUUGAACAUAGUAAUUUUGAUUUUUGAUAAUAACUUUAAUGAAUUUGCCUAAAAUUUAAGUAAAAAAUGCACUUAUGACAUAAAUUUAACUUCGACUGAAAAACUUUUGAACUAGUUGGUUUAUCAAAUAAUGACAGGAGACAUUUUUUGUAGAGCGUUCAAUUUCCCACAAGAAUAUGUAUCGCGCAUACAAAUCUGUUAAUUAGUUUGUGAGCUGGAAAAUUAUUAAGAAACAAAACAAAAUUUCCCAUGUUAUUUAAAUGGGAAAUAGAAAUUCUCGAUUAGGGUGUUUCAUUUAAAACAAAAAAAAUUUUUUCUUGCUGACACAUGAAAAUUUUGUUUUUUAGGUUGAAAAAAAAAUUCCCUGAAAAUUUGAGCCCUUAACUUUUAUUCUAAGUACUUCCUUUUUAAUUUUGUAGUUUUUCCAUAUAAAAAGCAAGUAUUUUUAAUCAUUUUUACUUUAAAUUUCUAUAUUUUGGCUGGGUUUUGAAUUAUAAUUUUUAUCACCAUAAUUUCCUGCAUAGUAUUCACGGUUUUUGAUUUAUUUACGUUGAUUGUAGUAGCUCCAAAAGUCGUUUUUUUCACUUUUUCUCACAUAUUUUUGAGAAAAUCGAGCGAAUGACUGGUUUUACCGAAAAAGUUCAAAUAAAAAAGUUGUAGGAAAUUUAAUUUUUGACAAAAAAGAUUCUUACGUUCAUAUCACUAGUGCUUUGUUUAAGAGAUAUAAGCAAUUUAAUAACCAAAAACAAAGAAAAAAUAGGUUUUAUUGAAAUUUAUGUAAUUUCAUUUAAC